AUGGGGAGGUUUGUGGCUGAUCUAUUUCUGCUACUGCUGUUUUCCACAGGACAAGUUGACGGAGUGUCGUUCUACGGUGAUAGCUACAUCCACCUGCGGACGGUGGAGGUAUCCAUUCAGACCUUGCUCCAUGUCCGAUUUCGAACCUCCAGUCAAGCAGGGUUGCUGUUUUUGGCAGCAGGACACAGAGACUUCUUGCUGCUGGAGCUGAUCUCUGGGCGUCUGCAGGUACGUCUGGACCUGGGCUCAGGUGAGCGUUCACUACGCUCAGAAAAGGGCAUCCAUCUUAGUGACCUUGGGUGGCACUCUAUGGAGCUGACCCAUGACCGCCAUAAUGUCACCAUGACCGUAGACCGAAAUUCUCACACCAGCCUCCGAAUGCCAGGACCAGAUCUGGAACUCAGCGUGGAGGACGGACUCUUUGUUGGCAGAACAGCUGGUCUUAACCACUCCUAUCUUUUCAACAUCUCCACCGGGUUUAGAGGUUGUGUGGAUGAAGUUGUGUUCAAUGAACAUAACCUGCUGUCCAGCCUAAGACCGUAUUCUAGGUACAAGAGCGUCCAUGAAGUGUCUCUGGGCUGUAGUCUGCAGUUUUCUGCGACAGAAGAAGAUCCUGUCAGUUUUUUCAGCUCCAAAGCCUUCAUCUCACUCCCACCAUGGGAGGUGCCGCAGGAGGGAGUGUUUCAAUGUGAACUUCACCCCUCUGCAAGAGAAGAAGAUGGUAUGGUCAUGUACAGCUCUGGCGACCAGGGAGAGUUUGUUGCCAUAGAGAUCAUAGAUGGUCACCUGGUGGUGACAAUAGGAAAUGGAGAGGGGAGUAAAACUGAGCUGCGUUCUCUAACACAUGUCUCUAGCAACCACACCUGGUACCCCAUCCAGCUGCACCUGCUACCCAACAGCGUCCAACUGAAGGUAGACAACGAGUUAAUCAAGGCCAACCUGAGGCUGGAGCUCCAAAUCAUCCAGCUCAAAGGGCCGCUCUUCCUGGGAGGGCUAGAUGAAAAAGCUCGGGGACAGGCGCAGCGAGUUGGGCUGAUUUCUGCCUCAUCUGGAGGAGGAGGAGGCUCCUUUAGAGGCUGCCUCCGAGAAAUUAGGGUGAACACUCAAAGAACAGGUCUCCCUCAUGCUGCCAUCACCAAGGACAUCACUGUGGGUUGUAAGACAGGGCCAGCUCCUGUGACGCUGACCACCAUCAGCCCGACAGACCAUCCUGAGUUUGAUGUUACAACCUCACAACCAAGUAGCAACAAUAAGAAGAACCUUAACUUUUUGUUGCUGAGAAAGCUAGAGGUCACAGAGGGAGGCCGGGCAGCCCUGGAGCCCAAACACAUAAAGGUUAAUCUUGAUUUUCCUAAAUUAGGCAUCCAUCCUUCCCAGUUGAAGUUCCUCAUUGAACAGCAACCUGUUCACGGCCAGCUCCGGUUGGACCUCAGUCCAGACCCUUAUGGGAUCCUGGAUGAGGGUCAAGAGAAAAGUAUUACAAUAGGAACUGAGGAGAAGGACCGGACUUUCAGUAUGCUCGACCUAUGGCAGGGCCGGGUGACAUACGUUCACAGUGGGUCAGAGGACCAGAAUGACUUCUUCAUGUUUUCAGCCUUCUCCAGCGAUAAGAAGGAGCUUCCUGUGUUUCUGAAGGACAACCGUCUACACAGGUUUGAUAUCAGCAUCAGUCCUGUAAAUGAUGCCCCUGUGCUCAGCCUCCCAGAGGGAAACCUUUUUACUCUGCUGGAGAAGUCCAAACGACAGAUGACAACAGAUGUGCUGAGAGUGUCCGACCCUGACAGCAGUCCUGCAGAGCUGGUGUUCAGCUCCCUUGGAAACCUCAACACUGCGGCUGGACACCUUGAGCACCAGGAUUACCCUGGCAGGGCCAUUAACAUGUUCUCCCUACACGAUCUGGAGGAGGGCAAGAUCAGCUUUGUACACACGGGAGUCUCCACCUCCAGGCUGCCACUCAGGGUUAGCGACGGGCAGAAGUCAAGCAACACAGUAGUUUUGCGGGUCAUGGCAGUGGCGCUCGAACACAAACUGGUGAAUAACACAGGAUUGGAGGUGAACCAAGGUGAAGCUUCCAUCAUCACCACCAAUCAUCUCGCAGUACAAGUAAAUGUGGCUGAUCAGGCUGUGGAAAUCCGAUAUGACAUAACAGAGUUGCCACAAUAUGGUGAGCUCCAGCGGUUGCACUCAAGUGGCGGCUGGAAACCAACAACCUCGUUUUCUCAGAAACUUCUAGAAAAAGAGAGGAUCAGAUACUUCAGCACUUACCAUGGCCUUCAGACUCAGAACAACAUCACUGAUCAGUUCAAAUGUAAAAUAAACAUCAAUUCCCUUGCCACUGAGGAGGUUGUUAUCCCCAUCGUGGUACGCUGGAUCCACUUCAAGGUCACACGAAGCAAGAUGGAGGUCAACGGUAGUCAGUUGGCUGUUGUCACUCCCGAGGACCUCCAUGUAGUUUCAAAGGGAGUCAAAAUUAAUGAGAGCAACCUCUACAUCAGGCUCAUUACAGUGCCAAAGAAAGGUCAGCUAUUCCUCGACAACAAAGUUCUGCAAAAGAACUCAACUUUCAGCCAGAAGAACAUCACAGAUGGUUUCGUGAAGUACAAACUGCUCAACAGGCUACAUGAUGACACAAAAGACACUUUCAGCUUUCAGGUCUUUUCGACACACGCCAACUCUACAACUUGCGACUUCAGAAUCAACAUCAAAACUGAGUCAGCAGCCAUCACUUUUUUAAACAAAGGCCUUUCAGUACUGGAAGGAGGGAGUAAAGUCAUUACCAAAGACAUCCUGUUUACUCACACGGCAAGUAAGCGGGAGGUCCAGUACAGCAUAACGGUGAGCCCCAUGCAUGGGCAGAUAAGAAAGAUCAAUCUCUCCAACUCAACGUCCAUUAAUGACAAUAUUGUAAUCUUUACAAAUCAGGAUAUAGUGGAGGAGAGGAUCAUGUAUGUUCAUGAUGACAGCGAGACCAAGCAGGAUUCUUUUAAAUUUCAAAUCAUGGUUUAUAAACCGCAUAAACACAGCAGCAAGAAGGAGGAUAGAAACACAGCCGAACACACCUUUAAUAUCUCUGUGCAGCUCGUCAAUGAUCAGAGACCUGUCAGGGUCGUUGAUAAAGUUUUCCAUGUUGCCCGCGAUGGCCAGAGGUUGGUGACGUUGAAUGACCUUCGCUACCGGGAUGAUGAUUCUGACUUUGAGGACAACUGGUUGGUGUACACACGGAGGGGGAUUCCCAUGGGAGAGCUGGUGCUUGCCAAUGAUCCCAGUCACAAGCUGUAUGAGUUCACACAGCGGGACCUCGAGCAGAAAAAGGUGUUGUUUGUCCACAGAGGAGUGAGUUUUGGGCGUUUUGUUCUUUUUGUAUCAGAUGGGAAACAUUAUGUUUCCACACUGCUGGAGGUGAUGGCCCAGGAUCCUUACCUGCAGGUGGAGAACAACACAGGCCUCAUGGUCCAGCGAGGUGGGAUCACGACCCUGACCUCUACUAAUCUCAGCGUCUUCAGCAACCUUGACAUCCGAGACCCUCGUGAAGUGACAUUCGAGGUCUUCCUUCCACCUAAACACGGAGUCCUCUGCUUUAAUGAUGGAGAUCAUGGCACUGUAAAAGAAGCAGAUGCAAUUUCAAUAUUCAACUUUUGGGAUCUGGUGGCAGGGCGCCUGGCGUAUCACCACGAUGGCAGCCAUGAAUUGUCGGAUGUGUUCAAUGUGUCGGCAAGAGCGAGGGUGAAGAGCAUAGAGAGGAAACCGGACAGAGGGAGGAGGGAGGUGCAUCUGGACAUCGGAGUGUUGGUAAAAAUCUACCUGGAGAGUCAUCAGAGGCCACCAACGGUCAUAUGCAACCUUCCAGUGGUGGUGGCGGAGGGACAGACUGUCUCCAUAAGCAGGGAACAUUUAGAGGUGGUCCAUGAGGACAGUCAGCCCUCAGAGAUAAUUUUCACGGUCCUGAGUCCUUCCACCCUGGGCUUUCUUCAGAGGUUCUCCCCCAUCAACAAGCACCAGAACAACAAUAGAGAGCAGCAGCACCUCUAUCAGGGCAUCAGAGAGCAGCAGACAACCUCCUUCACUCAGGAUGACCUGAACCAUGGAUCAAUCAUCUACCAUCAUCAGGCCAUAGGAAGCACCAACGACUCUGUUCUGUUGGAGGCAACCAAUGGUGUCACAAAGGUCGGACCUAUCAGGCUGGAGAUCGAUAUCAUUCCUAUUCUGCUCCCUCUACAGGUGUCUGACUUGACCCUUGAUGAGGGGUCAUCCCUGCCACUGACCUCUGACAUCAUCAAGGUCGCCAAUCAUCACUUCUCAGGAAUGAACUUCCUGUAUCAAGUCAUCGUUCCACCGCGACACGGACACUUGGAGCACAGCCGGAUACCGGGGAUGCCCAUCACUGCUUUCACACACACUGAGGUGGAACGUGAGUACAUCUCCUACAUCCACGAUGGCAGCGACACAGAGAGAGACAACUUCACCAUCGUGGCCAAUCAGACAGAAAUCAGGAAGAACAGUUUGCCCUGCACCGUUCGCAUCAGUGUCACACCGGUCAAUGAUGAGACUCCUGUCGUUGCAACCAACCGGGGUCUGAAGGUGUGGGUGGGCUCGGUGACAGAAAUCACCAUAGAUGAUCUUAGUGCAGAGGACUCUGACACUCUGUCUGAGGGGCUGGAGUUCGUUGUCACACCGCCAAGCAACGGCCAUCUGGCUCUGAAGAGUGCCCCCUCCAGACACAUCCUGAACUUCACCCAGAAUCACAUACAAAAUGGACAGCUGGUGUUUGUGCACAGUGGUGCGUUGUCGGGUGGCUUCCACUUCCAGGUGAACGAUGGCGUUAACUUUGCCCCUCGUCAGAUCUUCAGCACAACUGCCCACUCUCUGGUCCUCACUUUGCAGAGAAACCAUCCAAUGGAGGUCUACCCAGGCUCUGUGACACCAAUCAGUGAGCAGGAGCUUCAGGUGUUAACCAACGACGUCAGUGAUAUCAGAAGAAACCACUCUGUGGUGUUUGCAGUGACUGCUCCCCCUAAACUUGGUCGCCUGGUCCAACGUAUGCCUGACAACUCCACACGAAACAUUUCUACAUUCACACAAAGCAUGGUGAAUGAUGGAGUCAUCCUGUACGAUCAGAACAAGCCAGAGUCAGUGGGAUGGUCGGCUGCAGACGCUUUCUCUUUCACCGUGUCCUCUCCUCCUGCUUUCCUUCCUCCACACACCUUCACCAUCUUAAUCUCCUACCAGGCCAACGAACACCAUGACAACCCUCAACACAAGACCAGACUACUGAACAAUGCAGGUGCUGUGGUGGCAGAGGGAGGCAGGGUCACGAUUGACAGGUCUAAACUUGAUGCCUCCAAUCUCCUGGGGAACGUUCCAGAGCCCCACCGGAGAGACCACCACAUCCUAUACCGUGUGAUUUCUCUGCCACGUCACGGGGCUCUGUCUAUACCAGGACAUAAUCUCACCAGGGACCAACCAGAUUUCUCACAGAUCACCCUGAAUAAGAUCGGCAUCACAUACAUCCACGACGACUCUGAGACGACGAGCGACAGCUUCACUUUCCGGGCUUGGGUGGCUCCUUUGGAUCUCUCCUCCUCUUCCUCCUCCUACUUUUCCCCUCUGUAUUCAGCCCCAUCAUCCUCCUUUUCGUCCAUAGACACGGUCUCUCAUCGGCGAGUCAAGGACAGCCUGGCGGUGACGGAGACGUUCAACAUCACAGUGACACCAGUCAACGACCAGCCGCCACUCAUCAGGAGCAGAGCCCCGAGCAUGAAGGUGGUAGUUGGAGAGAGAGUCGUACUUGGCCCAGACAAUCUGCAGGUUGAGGAUCAUGACACCCCUCCAGAGGAGCUGCACUACCUAGUGAUCAGUAAACCCAACAACGGCUACCUGACGCUGGGGGAGAGACCAGAGCCGGUGACCUCUUUCACCCAGUAUGAUGUCAACCACGGCCGGCUGCACUUUAUACAGCAGGGUGAGCCCUCCACAGGAGUUUUCUACUUCAAUGUAACCGACGGUUAUCAUCGUCCACUCUACAAACUGUUCAGUUUGGAGGUGAUUAAGCCUUCUGUCUCCAUGGUGAACAACACUGGUCUGUCAUUGGUUCAAGGCAGGACCGCUGUGAUCCUGACGACCAACCGGCUAGCAGCUCAGACCAACGGUCGCAGCAAGGCUAACAUCACCUACACGGUCACCACGCACCCUCGCCACGGACGCAUUGCUAUUAACGACCAGGAGGUCACGAUCUUCUGCCAUGAGGACCUGCAGUUUGGGCGUGUUGUCUAUCACAUGACUGAUCUCAGUGAAUCAGAGGACAGCUUCCAAAUCUCUGUGUCAGCCUUGUCGCCUGGGGUAGAUUAUGGAAAUGUAACUGCACAGACAGUGAAGGUAACUGUGCGGCCUCUAGUCUACCUGAGGGAGCCGGUCAGAGUACCCAGCGGUAUCGCUGUGAAACUCGGGAAAGCCAUGAUCGAUGCCUCUGAGCUGGCAAGAAUCAGCCGAGCCGACCCGGUCUUUGCGGUUCUGUCUCCACCAAAACAUGGAAAACUAGUCAAGAUGACCUAUGACCCUAACCAAGCAUCAGAGGUCUUGAAGUCAUUUACGUUCAGAGAUGUGGUGCAAGGCCGAGUCGCCAUUGAGGAGACCCUCAGUGACAGCGACAACCAGCUCCAUGACAACAAAUCAGUGCUCACAACAACUCGAGGCCACACCCCUGCCAGACCUCUCAAUGAUUCUUUCACCUUCCUGGUGAAGGCUGGAAAUGUCCAACCAGCGAAGGGUGAGCUUCACUUCACCAUCUUACCCCAUCACCAGAUGCAUCAUCAUGGUCCGAGUGGUUUAAAUAAAGCAGAUGGGGCAAGUCGCGAACAUACUACAACCCAUCUGCCGACACAUAAUAGGACUACUACUGUAGGAGGAAGAGGAGGUGGACGAGGGGGAUCCACAACACACGGCGGAGUUGAGGUGGGUUUGCACCCCCACAUUUCGUCAAAUAAAAACCACAACAGAGCACAGCACAAGUUGAGGCCUCACAGCCGCUGGGGGAACGACACACGCAGUGGGAGUCAUGGAGGAAGAUCAGGCAGUGGUGCAGAGGGAGCCGGAGGGGGUCACAAUCCUCCUCCACAACCCCACAAUCCUUCUGUCUCAGACAAACAGGGUCCCGUGAACCCUCCUGACACCCACCUGGUUCAUGCCGAGGUCUUCCCUCGCCCCGCUUCUGAUCCCCUCCUCAUUAUCCUGCCGCUGCUGGCCUGUUUGCUCCUCAUCAUUAUUCUCAUGGUUUUGAUUCUGGUGUUCCGCCACCGCAAGGAGAAACAGGCCCGACUGCGGCUCAUGCAAGAGCUCGCUAGAUUGCCCUUACCCACUGAGAGCAGUCCUUACCUGGGCCGGCCGGAGCGGAGUGUGACUGUGCCCUCCGUGGUGGUCACCCCGCUUGGCCCUGCAAGCUGCCCUAACUCACCGAAGGUAGCCAUAAAUCCCAGGAGGAGGAGUCUGGCCCCUGGGAUGACCUUCUGGGGGCCAUUUGAAGCAGAUGGAGCAGGUGGCGAUGGGAACAUUAGAAGUGGUCACAGUAAUGAAAGACAUUGUGGUAAUGCUGUCCGCGUUGUUACUGCAGGAUUCAAGACCUCUGUGAGAUCUAGGUCCCAGACUCUGACUCUUAAAGACAACCAAUACUGGGUUUGAUUGAGGUAAUUCAAAGAAAAACUGUGCCUUAGAGGUGUAUUUUUGGUGAGAAGGAUAUAAAUGGCAUGUGUCUUCUCUCCAGGGGACAUCUGUGGUCAAAUGGUAAAUCUGAUCUGCUAUGAACCUUUUAUAAAAGAGGACAAAAAUAUGCACAUUUUUUUGUAGAAAAUGGAUGAUGGCCAUCAUAUUGAAGUAAUUUCACUGAAACAACUAGAACUGAACACAUCUUUGUUGUAGUAAUGUUUGUUAAGGCGUUAACCACCUAUAUAGGAGGAUCAAAGUUAACAGAGUCAAUUAUUACUGCUUAGGCUGCUGUUUGUCAUUGCACUUUCAUGGUAUUUUUCAGUUUUGCACUGUACUGCAAUUGUGUGACAUGAGAACAACCACCAUUAGUUCCUUUAUGCAAAAAAUCCAACUUUAAUUGUAACCAUCAGUUUUGUACUGAUUCCUCAAAACACUGGUUUUAACAUUUGUAGCGACGAAGAUAGUCUUAUAUUUUUGGAACCGUUACAGAACAAAGAAGUGAAACAUAGACUGAGGUUUAUUGCUAUUACUGUAAAUUGUCAAAUUUAGAGUUAGCAGUGUAACUGGUAACUGAAAUCUCUUGCCUACAAUAUAGCAACUUUUAACUGUAAAGAGCUGAUGUGGUGUUACUUCUUCAAAAGAGUGUAUGGUCAGCUGGUAGGUCAUAAUGUUGUUUUUACAUGUCACUGAAGGUACUGUAAGCUUCAAAGUCCAAACUAUUUUUUUAACAUUUACCCCCACUGCACAGGUGUCAUUCAAUAUACUGCAAUUUCUGUUUUCCUUUGUCUGAUUUUGUUACACCUCAAGGCUGCGAGCUGUCAUGUAACUGUUUCUGAUAGUUCAUACAUUAUUAAUGAUUCAUAGUGAGAUGUAAAGACAUAGGUAACUUUCCCAGUUCUGGAUUGACUUCAGCAUCUUUUUCACUUUUGACCCAUUUUAUGCCUGCAUCCGUUUAC